UGGAAAAGGGGGGACCUUUUUGUUUUUGUUUGUAGCUGUAAUGUAGAUCACAUCUCAAAUCCUUGGGUUUUCUCCCAAUGGGUUCCAACAAAAAUGGUUCUUUGAGGGAUCAGAAGAAGUUUUAAUUGGUAAUUUCCCCUCCUUGAGAAGAGUUCUCUUUGUCGGAGAUCUACUAGUAGUUGGAAUUUUUGACAGGUCGUUGUAUCAAUCAUUAUUGGAAGAACAAUAGGUGGAGUGGACAAUAGACUAAUUAUUCAGUGAUUAGCAAUGUGGGUUGGAUAAAACUAAGUUCACAAAUUCAAGAAAAAGCACAAAUGGAAGAGAUACAAUCGUAUUCCGAUAAUUACAGAUCAUCAUCAUCAUCCGCUAGUAGCCCGGCAGGCCGAGCGCCUGGCGGUGCUUUCUUCUACCUUCGAAAGCCGGGCACUUCGAGACAGCCCAUUUCGUUUGAGGAUUCGCCCGAGUGGGACGACGCAGAAAUCGAUGCGCAGGGAGAUGAAGGGGGCGGCGACUCGAUCCGUGUUGCGACUACUGCUACGGCCUCCCCUUCUCUUUCAAAGCUUAAUAGUGGGUCUUUCCCAUCUCCAUCGUUCCCUGGAGCUUCCUCAUCGGUUACCGGUAGGAAAAUCGUAGGGGCUUCCAUUGUGUGGAAGGAUCUAACUGUAAUGGUUAAAGAAAAGAGAAAAUAUUCUGACAAAGUCGUGAAGAGUUCAAAUGGGUAUGCGCUGCCUGGCACACUUACGGUCAUCAUGGGUCCUGCACGAUCUGGAAAAUCAACGCUUCUUAGGGCAAUUGCGGGUAGACUGCGUAGCCCAGCUCGGAUGUAUGGUGAAGUUUUUGUGAAUGGUGUGAAAUCACGCAUGCCAUAUGGUUCCUAUGGGUAUGUUGAUCGAGAAGAUGUGCUUAUUGAAUCACUCACUGUUCGAGAGAUGCUAUACUAUUCGGCACUUCUGCAACUUCCUGGUUUCUUCUCUCAGAAGAAAUCUGUAGUGGAGGAUGCUAUCGCAGCUAUGUCUCUGGGGGAUUAUGCAAACAAGCUCAUUGGUAGCCACUGUUAUAUGAAGGGCCUUCCUAAUGGGGAGAGAAAGCGAGUUAGCAUUGCUAGGGAGCUUGUAAUGAGGCCAAAUAUUUUAUUUAUAGAUGAACCACUUUACCAUCUCGACAGUGUCUCGGCGCUGCUAUUAAUGGUGACGUUGAAGAAACUUGCAAGCACAGGCUGCACACUCAUUUUCACGAUGUACCAGAGCAGCACAGAAGUUUUUGGCCUCUUUGAUAGAAUUUGUUUACUUUCAAAUGGGAAUACACUAUUUUUUGGAGAAACAUUGGCUUGCUUGCAGCACUUCUCAAAUGCUGGGUUUCCCUGCCCAAUCAUGCAAAGUCCAUCAGACCACUUUUUGCGGGCAAUUAAUACCGAUUUUGAUAGAAUCAUAGCCAUGUGCAAAAAUCUGCAGGAUGACCAAGGAGAUUUUUCAUCAGUGAACAUGGACACAGCUGUUGCAAUCCGAACCCUUGAAGCCACAUAUAAAUCGUCAGCUGAUUCAGCUGCUGUUGAAACAAUGAUAGUGAAACUGACUGAAAAGGAAGGUCCUCGUCUGAAAAACAGAGGCAGGGCCAGUGCUGCAACAAGAAUCGCAGUGCUUACAUGGAGAUCAUUGUUGAUAAUGUCGAGGGAAUGGAGAUAUUUCUGGAUUCGACUUGUUUUAUACGUGCUUCUAACCGUCUCUAUUGGAACCGUAUUUUUCAAUGUCGGCCAUUCUUUAUUGUCUGUUAUGGUCCGAGUUGCUUCCAUAUUUGUCUUCGUGUCGUUUAUGCUACUUCUAAGUGUUUCUGGACUACCUGCUCAUAUAAAUGAAAUCAAGUUAUACAUCCAUGAAGAAUCUAACCAACACUCAGGGGCAACAGUUUUCCUACUUGGGCAUCUCUUAUCAAGCAUUCCCUUCCUCUUCCUCACCGCCAUCUCCUCAACUCUCGUCUUCUAUUUCUUAGUCGGGCUAAGGAACGAGUUCAGCUUAGUGAUGUACUUUGCUCUUAAUAUCUUUAUGUGCCUGUUAGCAAAUGAAGCGCUUAUGAUGACUGUCGCCUACAUCUGGCUUGAUACUUUCAAGUGCACUCUGGCUCUAAUUUUUAUUCAUGUUAUGAUGAUGCUUGUGGCUGGAUAUUUUAGGAUCCGAGAUGCUUUACCAGAACCGCUGUGGAAGUAUCCACUAUCAUAUGUUGCAUUCCACACUUACUCUAUCCAGGGCCUUUUAGAAAACGAGUACAUCGGUACGGCCUUUGCGGUCGGAGAGGUUAGAACAAUAUCCGGCGUCCAGGCCGUUCGCGGGUCCUACAACAUAUCGUCCUCGCCGAAUGCUAAGUGGGCGAAUCUACUGGUGUUGUUUUCGAUGGCGGUCGGGUAUCGAAUUCUCUUGUUCACGUUACUUCGCUUUAAUGUACGGGAACACGUUACACGGUGUAAAUUUUGCUGGCUUCGGAUGUAUACCCCAGCUGCGAAAUGAAUCUUUUAACUUCUACCAUUCCUGCAUCCUGCAGAAUGGUUUCUUACAGAUGAGAGGUUUUGCGCUGUAAAGCUUUCUUUUAAUGGAAAAAGUUUUUAAGUAAACAACUUUCGGAUUUUUGGGUGCUCCGGAAGUAGAUGAGUAAGUGUCUAAAUUAAGGAUUAUGAAUUAAAACAUGGAUUAACCUCUGACUCAUUUCGGUGCCGCAAAGUAGAACUUGUUUGCAUGCUGUACAAGUGUCUCAAAGCAAUGCCAUGUAUUUCGGAAAAGGUGAUGACAUUAACAGAGCUGAAUGUGGUGUAUAGAUAAAGUGUAUUAAAUCUGAGCAAUUUUUGCAUAGUAAGUUUGAUUAGAUUCACUACAUCUUAUCUUUGCGUUAUAAGUCUUGCUUUGUGAAUAACACUACCUGCUCGGAAACGUUGAGUUCUUUUGCCGCAGAGUA